GCGUUUGGAAGCAUUUUAUUCGAUGCUUUGUUUUUACGCGACUCAGGAACUGAGUGGAUUUACAAGAUUCUGCUGUUAUUGCGACGUAAAAUUGAUUAUUGUAUCGCCCAGAAAUUGAUUCUUCCUGUUUAUUUGUGGGAAGACAUACAGGACUGUCGCUCAGGAAAAUGGCUGAGACGUCGGAGCAUUCGGACAGUCAAGGACACGAAGAAGUAGAAACUUAUGGCGAUCCCGCAGAAGACGAAGAAUUGGAGGAGGACGAUGGUGGUUUCGAUGAUCCGCGGCGCGGCUCCAAGCAGACCAUCGAACAGGAGACCCUCUCCAAACUGGCCAUCGUCGCCGAAGUCAAUCCCUACCAGGCGCCGGAGAAGACUCCCGAAAGCAAGGAACUCUGGCAGAAAGCCAUCGAUCGCUGCGUCGAGCAGGGCAUUUACGUCAACAUGAACUCCAAGAAACCCCCUCGCAGUAUGCUGCAGCAACUGGUCAACCGCUACGUCACGGAAUUCCGGCAGAAAUAUCCCGGACCGCGGUUGACGGUGGAGCAGGAAGCCAAGCUGAAUGAGCGGGAGAAGUACGCGCGGUUGUUGGUUAGUCAGAUGCGCAAACGGCCCAAACGCUGGUUCGAUAAGGCCAGUAAUAUGCAUGUCGUGGUGGCCGGACAUAGUGGGGAGAAGCGGCAGAAGUUGAAUACUGGGGCGGGCGCGGUGGGCAAUCUGGUCAGGGUGGAGCAUCUGCACUACCCGGCCGCCAAAGACACACAGAUGGUGGUCAAUGUGGAGAAUGAUGAGCAUUUUGAGCCGCUCUUCACCUAUGGAAAUGAGGUGGUUGCGGGUAGUUUGAGUGGCCUUUCUCCGGUAAAAGCUGAAGCCCCUGAAGCCCGUCCCAGGGUGUCGCAGAGCGGGAAAGAAGAGUGUAGCGCCAAGUGCAAUUGCCAACAGGAACUGCGGCACGCUAUUGGUGCCCUGGUGAAAUGCAUGCAGGACAACAUGGAGAUGAUGCGCACCCAGAUAACCGUCGAUAAAGAGACACGGGAACGCGAACUGCAGAUGCGGCGCGAAGAAGCGGAGAAGGACCGCGAGAUGCAGUUGACCCUGGCCCGCCAGGCACAGGAAUCUCAGUCGUCCCAGCUGAAGUUGAUCUUAGAAGCGGCGUUGAAGCUGGCCACGGGGAAGGCCAGCGGAGUGUGAUAAGGAAAUAGCUGCUGCGUUGGUUCAAAGUGUAUUAUUGCGUCGGCGUACGUUGUUGCAUUUGUUUGUACAUGGAUGAGAAUUGAUUCACCUGCCAGUCUAGGUCAGUUUUACAUUUUCGCAUGCUGGAUUUCUGUGAGCGCUAGAGAUGCAUGCGAUAUAAUCGUUUAUUGUUUUUUUUCCGAUUUUUUCCUCUUAAUUUUUACUUGUGUUGUUAAAGUUGAAUGUUUGCGCUUCUUGUGCUUAUAAUAUAGAUCACGCAAAUGCGGGACACAUGCGUAAUAGUUACGAUAAAGCGUUUUG